AUGCAGAUCAGGCUGAUGAACUACACGAAGUUUCUCUUCGUUCGGGACCCAUUUGUUCGCCUUAUCUCUGCUUUCCGAGACAAGUUCCAACCCAUAAAUGAGCCCUUUUAUAAAUCUUACGGAAAAACUAUGGUGAAACUCUACCGUAACCAGUCUCAUCCUCCCAAAACACAUAAAGAGGCAGUAGCUUUAGGAUUGCAACCAACAUUUUACAACUUUGUUCAGUACUUGUUGGACCCACGAACAGAAAAAUAUGUGCCCUUUAACGAGCACUGGAGACAAAUGCAUCACCUGUGUCACCCCUGCAUGUUAGAGUAUGAUUUUAUUGGUCACCAGGAGACGCUUCAGGAAGAUGCUGAAGAGCUUCUUAAAAUGUUAGAGGUGGAAAACGAAAUUAAGUUUCCACCCACUAAAAAUGCAACUACAUCGAAUUUGAUCAAGGAAUGGUUUAAAACGGUGCCUCGAGAGGACAGGAGGAUGUUGUACAAACUCUAUAAAUGGGAUUUUAAAAUUUUUGGAUUCAAAAGGCCAGAUGAAAUCCUAGAUAGUUAA